UCAGUAACAGCUGUCAUUUCUGACACCAUUAAAGAAAUCAAUAAAUUCUUUGAUGAUAAAAUUGAAAUUUUAGAAAUUUUUUCUCACUCCUCUUCUAUAGUUGCUCAAAUUAUUAUAGAAGAAAAGGAGUUGUUAUCCCGACUACUAUUCAGUACAACCACCUAAUAACCUCUCACUUGGGCCGUUGUGUGUACGAGUCGUGGCUAGUACAGCCAGCCCAGCUCCGCCCAGAAGCGCAGAAGCUUCCUGGGAUCUUCACAGGCCUCACGGAGCGACCUCACCGUUCCGAGGAUUUCUAAACGUUGAUGGGCCACAGGCUCACAUUCCAGGAUUACCAGCAGCAUGGCAGAUCCAUGGGUGGUGCAGCCGCACGAGCAGGCCAAGUUCUUGGAACACUUUAACAACUUGGGACCUGUCAAUGGUGCCCUCACGGGGGAGCAAGCCAAGAGGUUCAUGCUGCAGUCGCAACUACCGCCCCCUAUACUGGGCGCCAUUUGGACCUUGGCGGACACUAAUGCGGAUGGCAAACUGGACUUGAGAGAGUUCUCCAUCGCUUGUAAGAUAAUCAACCUGAAACUCCACGGCAUGGAGGUGCCGAAGGCUUUACCACCAUCUUUACUCGCAUCCUUGAGCCCGCAAGUUCAACAAAAACAAUUCACCCCACCAGCCAAACCCCCCAUUCCUCCCAUGCCGACCAUGCCCCAACAACCACUCAUAUCCGGGUUGCCAGCCCAACCGACCAACCAAUCUCUACUUGGCGACUUUGGCAACCAGCCCCUUAUCAACACCGCUCCCCAACCGAUCCCCAGUGCCGCUCCUUUAAUACCACCCAUGAGUCAACCACCCAUGGUCCAACCAACCAAACCCGCAGCCACCGUCCCAGACUUAAUAUCAGGCGUGAAACCUCUAACGCCGCCUACUCAACCGCUGAUCGCUUCCUCUCAACCAUUAAUACCGACUCAACCGUUAAUCGACGCGCAACCACUCAUUCCUACCCAACCAUUAACGGCGCAACCAACCAACCCACCCCUCAUACCGCCAACUCAACCGUUAGUGGGCACCCAACCAUUAGUCGGCACCCAACCAUUAGCAGGCACUCAACCGUUAAUCGGGCAACCAUUAGUUGGUGGUCAACCCUUGAUCAGUGCAACUCCGCCCCUCAUCCCUGCCUCUCAACCCUUAGUAGGUCCUACCCCGCUGGUUCCCUCAUCGCAACCACUGGUGACUGGUACAACGGUAGCUUCACUAAUCAGCUCGCCGCCGCAACCAGUGACCACAGUGGGCGGCGCGUCCGGGCAACCAGUGACUUCUACUCCAAUUACUGCUGUUAAAAGUGAUGGAUUAUCGAAACCUGGUUCGGUAGUGACGAGUCCCACAGAGGUCGCUCUCGGCGUGAUGAGUCCACCACCACUCGCAGAGUGGGGUAUACCCCAGCAGCAGAAACUCAAGUACACGCAGCUGUUCAACGCUACGGACCGAGCGAAGACCGGCUCGGUGUCCGGCGCCCAGGCCCGCUCCAUCAUGCUGCAGUCCAGGCUGCCGCAGCAGGCGCUCGCUCAGAUCUGGGCUCUGGCCGACCUUGACUCUGAUGGGAAACUUGGUUGUGAAGAGUUUGUCCUUGCUAUGUACUUGUGUGAGAAGGCAACCCAGGGCGACCCUGUGCCUGCUAAACUGCCUCCUGAGCUGAUACCACCCACGUUCAGACGCGAGUCCGUGACUUCGACAAGCAGCACGAAGUCGUACGAAGAGCGUCGCAGGGAGAACAUGGCGCGAGGCCAGGCCGAACUCGAGAGACGAAGAAGCCAAUUGGCCGACGCACACAUGAAAGAGAAGGCUGAAAGAGAACGGAAGGAGAGGGAGGAAGCGGAAAAGAGGGAGAAGGCAAGACUAGAGGCGCAGAAGAGGGAACAAGAGGAAUUAAUGAGGAAGCAGAAGGAAGAACAGGAGAAAAGAGAAGCAGCCAGGAAGGAGAUGGAGAGGCAGUGCCAGUUAGAGUGGGAGAAGAAGAGGAUCCGGGAGCUGGAAGCGAUGAGAACAGAAGAGCAGAGCAAAGUCCUCAGUCUCAAGUCGAAGAGUCAGACCCUGACUGCUGAGCUGAGCUCGGUCAACCUCCGGGCCAGCAACCUGGCCAAGGACAUCCGCGAGACCAGGACGGCUGUGGCGGCUGCCAAGUGCACCAUAGACGGCAUGAGAUCGGACCGCGACACCAGUAUGGCGGAGAUGCAGCAGCUCAAAGCGAAGGUCAAAGAGCUCAACGCUAAGCAGAUAGCUCUGAAUAAAGAGAAAGCGGAGUUGGAUGCUAAAGCUAAAGCGUCAGAGGGCGCUGGUGAGGACGGCAAGUUGAGUAUGAUGGAGGUGACAUUGAAACAGCUCAGAGAUAAGGUGGAGGCAGCCAAAGCGAUAGUGGAAACCAAGAAGGCGGACUUGGAAACGAACAAGAAGCAACUGUCGGAGCUGACGGAGACGGUGUCGUCCCUGGGCGACAAGUGUGAGCGCGUGUGGCAGCUGUACGAGCAGCGGCGCGGCGAGUACGAGCGGCGCCGCUCCACCGCGCCCGCCGAGUCCGCCUGGCCGCCCGCCGAGACAGAAUGGGGCACUUCUGAGGAGGCGUGGGGCGACAGCGGCGCCCCGGGGGAUGCGUGGGGCGACGCCCCCGCCACCACCGCCACGGAGCCUGUGACGACGAGCGCAGUGCCCAGCGGAGGCGCUAGAUGGCGCUGCGUGUACGAGUUCGCGGCUCGGACCGCCGACGAACUCAGCCUGCAGCCGGGGGAUCUGGUGAGCGAGGCGACAGCCGCGCGCGGUGACGCUGAACCGGGCUGGAGGUGGGGCACGGCCAGAGGUCAGUCGGGCUGGUUCCCGGAAUCGUAUGUAGAAGAUAUCAACGCGGCGUCAGCGUACGCCGCCGAGGUUGUGGAGCCCAUAGAGACCAAGACCCAGCUCGAAGGAAUAGCAGAAGUGCCGGAGGCCGAGAUAUCCAACGACUUGGGAGGUGCCAUGCCCACUAUUGAGGGCGGUGACUUCUACAUCACAGCGUAUCCGUACGUGUCGGCGGAGCCCGGUGACUUGACCUUCGAGGCGGGUGAGCGGAUCGAGGUGAUGAGGCGGGACGGCGACUGGUGGACGGGACGAAUUGGCAACAGAACCGGUAUCUUCCCAUCCAACUACGUGACGAAGGAUGCCACCAGCGGCACGGUGGCCAUCACGCCCAUACCGGAGGCGGCCGAGCCUCCGCCCGAAGCCUCCCCCGCCGCCCCCGCAGCCCCCGCCGCCUCCUCAGCUCCUGCAGCCCCUGCAGCCCCCGCACAAGCCACCAGCGAGCCCCCACAGCCGGAACAGAAGUCGUCAACGCCGGUGUCGUCGGAGGUGGCGGCCAUCACGGAAGGCGGCGCUCGGCCGCCGUCCGCCGCCCGCCGGGACUCGGGCCGGGACUCCGCCACCGGCCGCCGCAAGAACGAGAUCGCUCAGGCCAUCGCCAACUACACCGCCUCCAGCUCUGAGCAGCUGUCCCUCCAGAAGGGGCAACUGCUGGUGGUACGCAAGAAGGCGGACAGCGGCUGGUGGGAGGGCGAGCUGCAGGCCAAGGGGAGGAACCGGCAGGUCGGAUGGUUCCCCGCCAGCUACGUCAAGGUCCUGCAAUCGUCUGGCCGCACGUCCGGCCGGACGACGCCGGUGCUGUCCAAGAUGGACACGCUGCCCGCUGAGACGGUCAUCGACAAGGUUAUAGCAUUAUAUCCGUACGUAGCACAAAACGCGGACGAGUUGAGCUUCGAGAAGGAUGACAUCAUCGCUGUGACAGACCGCAGCCAGGACCCGGCCUGGUGGCAGGGUGAACUACGCGGCAUGACCGGCCUAUUUCCCAGCAACUAUGUCACGAAAUUAGUCAAUUAGACCAACUUCAUAUUAUAUAAUCGAAAAUAUAGUAAAAAUAACUACAAAACAUGUAACACUAUUAUAAAAAUUAACGCAAUGUUGCCACUACUCGAAAGUAUUGUUUAAUCUGUAGUUACUGAUUUGCCGCCAAUUGUAAUGUCAAAAUUUGGCGGGAAUAUUUUGUAUCUUUAUUGUUUAAUCUGUAGUUACUGAUUUGCCGCCAAUUUUAAUGUCAAAAUUUGGCGGGAACACUUUGUAUCUUAUGUUUUUAAAGAUAAAUGAGAUAUCUUUAACGUGUCACACAGCUAUAGUCUGUUUUUAUUAGAACUUGACGUAAAGGUAAAUAAAAUAUUGAAACUUUUGGAUUUGUCCACGUUUAAUUUGUACUACUGUUGAACAUCUUACGGUCGGAGCGUAUAUACAUUUAUUUUUGUUCUAAACAGAGUCUUAACUUUUCUCUUCAAAUCAUCUCAUAAAUAUGUUAAUAUUGGUCUAUAUAAGGCUAUAAGGAUCUUUCCCCAUAAGAUAUAAACAGUUACCAUGCAUUUUUUUCUAUACAUAUAUCGAUGGUAGCAUUAAAUUAUACAGAUAGAGCAUCGAGCCUCAAAAACGGAUCAACUUUUUGUCAGCUAAUUGUCAAAUUAGCUGACUCGUUUAUCAGUGUUCUAUAUACUUACGCACACAAUGUAUCUUGACGUUAUAUUUAAUAAAUAAAAUGAGUGUUUACACAUUAAAAAGAUACAGAAAUUAUAAGACAAAAUAAAUUUAGAAGUUAUAAAGGAAUCACUCGUAACUAUUUAUCACGCAAAAUUGUAUGUAAAAGUUGAGCCGUUUUUCUCGGAGCAUUUGUACGGAGACACUUUUAUCAAAUUAGCUAUCUAUUGUCCACGGCUGAACACAAGCCUCCCCCAAAGUAAGGGCUUUGUUAACAGUUGCCACGCAGAGAGAGAGAGAUACCUAAUAAACCUGCCUAAUAGUAAGCGGCACUAAAACCCUUGAAUGCUUGAAAAUCUCGAUUCACAAUACAUAGUAAUUUCAUUAUAAUUUGCUCAUAUAUUAUUAUUGUUAUUAUAAAAAUAUUAGCUUUAAUUAUCAUUCCGUAUAACGCCUAUUAAUUUUAAGUACAAGUAUUGCCAGUUAUCCUUAUAGUGUUGCCAUUGUUAAUAUUUUUAAAAAUUCAAUCAUUAUUCAUAUGUAGAUGUUUUAAAUAAAUGUUUAGAGGCUUUAAU